AUGGAGGAGUGCUUUUGGAAGGAAAAAUCCAGGACUAUUUGGAAUUUGGAGGGUGAUCGGAAUACGGCUUUCUUCCACCGCGUUUCUAAAAUUAAAUCCAAGCUUAAGCCCAUUUCCAUGUUUAAGCAUGAUGAUGCAGUGUUGUUAGAUUCUAAGGCCAUUGCAGAUUGCACUGUGAAUUACUUUAAAAACCUAUUUUCUACUAACACUUCUGUUUUGCAGGAUAUGAGUAUGGUUGAUGACACUAUUCCCCGGCUAGUUGACAAUAAUAUGAAUGUUAAUCUCACGCAAUUACCGUCUUUGGAAGAGAUUUAUGCGGCUGUUUUUGUGCUUAAUAAAGAUAGUGCUCCGGGUCCUGAUGGUUUUGGUGCUACCUUUUUUCAAUUAUUUUGGAAUAUCGUUAAAGGGGACGUCUCAAAUCCUGUCACCGAUUUCUUUAUCAAUGGCUGGAUUCUGCCUAGUUAUAAUUCCAACUCUAUUGUUUUAAUUCCUAAGGUCAAGGGUGUUGAUGAUUUAGACUCGCUUCGUCCCAUCGCCUUAUCGAAUUUCAAGUUCAAGCUGAUAUCUAAAAUUAUUGUUGACCGAUUGGCGACUUUAAUGCCUUUCCUAGUUUCGGAGGAGCAGUGUGGUUUCAGUUAG